GUAGCAGGCCAUGGCGGCGGCGGCUGCGGCUGUGGCGGGUUGGCUGGGCUGGGUGCUUGCCGCGCUCUGUCUGGGCAGCACCGCGGGGGAGGCGGCGCCGGGAGCGGGACUGCUGGGCUUCUGCAUGGAGGAGGACAGCGCGCCGGGCGCAGGCUCGCUGCGCGGAAGGGCAGCGCCGGAGGCCACUUUCUGCUUGCGACUCUUCUGCUCCGGCUUAGCCAACAGCUCCUGGACCUGGGUGGCCACGGAGGGUGCAGGCUGCCCCGAGGGCGGGCGGGCCACGGAGCCCGAAGAGGCGGCCGCCCCCACGGGCGAGUGGCGUGCCCUGCUGCGCCUGCGCACCGAGGCCGGGCGCCCGCGCUCCGCGCUGCUGGCGGUGCGCGUGGAGCCGGGCGGCGGGGCAGCCGAGGAGGCGGCGCCGCCCUGGGCGCUGGGGCUGGGGGCGGCCGGGUUGCUGGCCCUGGCGGCCGUGGCGCGGGGCCUGCAGCUGAGCGCUCUGGCGCUGGCGCCGGCCGAGGUGCAGGUGCUGCGCGAGAGCGGCUCGGAGGCGGAGCGCGCGGCUGCGCGGCGCCUGGAACCUGCGCGCCGAUGGGCCGGCUGCGCCCUGGGCGCGCUGCUGCUGCUGGCCAGCCUGGCGCAGGCGGCCCUGGCGGUGCUGCUGUACCGAGCGGUGGGCCAGCGCGCCGUGCCCGCGGUGCUGGGCUGCGCGGGGCUGGUGUUCCUGGUGGGCGAGGUGCUGCCGGUCGCUGUGAGCGGCCGCUGGGCGCUGGCGCUGGCGCCGCGCGCGCUGGGCCUCAGCCGCCUGGCGGUGCUGCUCACCUUGCCCGUGGCGCUGCCGGUGGGGCAGCUGCUGGAGCUGGCAGCGCGGCCGGGGCGUCUGCGUGAGCGCGUGCUGGAGCUGGCGCGCGGCGGCGGCGACCCCUACAGCGAUCUGAGCAAGGGCGUCCUGCGCUACCGGACCGUGGAGGACGUGCUCACGCCCCUCGAAGACUGCUUUAUGCUGGACUCCGGCGCGGUCCUGGACUUCGGCGUCCUAGCCAGUAUCAUGCAGAGCGGCCACACGCGCAUCCCCGUGUACGAGGAGGAGCGCUCCAACAUCGUGGACAUACUGUACCUCAAAGACUUGGCCUUCGUGGACCCUGAGGACUGCACGCCGCUCAGCACCAUCACCCGCUUCUACAACCAUCCACUCCACUUCGUCUUCAACGACACCAAACUGGACGCCGUUCUGGAGGAGUUCAAGCGAGGGAAGUCGCACCUGGCCAUCGUUCAGAAGGUGAACAACGAAGGUGAAGGUGACCCCUUCUACGAGGUGCUGGGCUUGGUCACUCUGGAGGACGUCAUCGAGGAGAUCAUCAGGUCUGAGAUCCUGGAUGAGUCGGAAGACUACCACACCAAGGUGAGGAAAAAGACUGUUGCCCUGAGCACCCCUCUCAAGCGGAAGGAGGAAUUCUCCUUAUUCAAGGUGUCUGAUGAUGAAUAUAAAGUAAAAAUCUCGCCUCAGCUGCUCCUGGCCACCCAGCGCUUCCUUUCCCGAGAGGUGGAUGUGUUCAGCCCAAUGCGAAUCUCCGAGAAAGUCUUGCUGUAUCUGCUGAAGCAUCCCAGUGUCAACCAGGAGGUGAAAUUUGAUGAGAACAACCGCCUGGCCGCACACCAUUACUUGUACCAGCGCAGCCAGCCGGUGGACUACUUCAUUCUCAUCCUGCAGGGCAGGGUCGAGGUGGAGAUUGGAAAGGAGGGCCUGAGGUUCGAGAAUGGGGCCUUCACGUACUAUGGCGUGUCCGCCCUGGCAGCCCCGUCUUCAGCUCACCAGUCCCCCGUGUCUUCACGCCAGCUCAUCCGCCACGACCCGCAGCCUGAACCACCCGAGAGUACCCGCCCCUCCGCAUACUGUCCUGACUACACCGUGAGGGCCCUCUCUGACCUGCAGCUCAUUAAGAUCACACGGUUGCAGUACCUCAAUGCACUCCUGGCUUCCCGAGCCCAAAGCUUGCCUCCAUCCCCAGAGAAUGCUGAGCUCCAGGCCAUCCCAGGCAGCCAGACCAGGCUCCUUGGUGACAAGUCCAUUGAGACAGCAGGGUCCAACAACAGCAGACCUGACGUCCCAGUGGAGAAGAGCCCUGGGCAGAACCCAGGAGUGUAACUGCUUGCCAGGCAGCCCCGAGCUGGAAAUGGACAAGCGUGUGGGGAGCUGGGGAGAGCCAAGCAGGAGCUUCAUGCCAGCCUGUCCCCCACCGAUUCUGGCCACGUUUUAGAUGGCCAUUAUAAGAUGUGGGUCCUGGGCCUCCUGAAGGCCAGAGCCUUCAGCUGGCCCUGCCUUCCCUUAGGAGAUAGGACUGGCAGGGCGGUCCUCCAGAAGAAGCCUGUUUCUGGGGGGAUGAAAGGAACAGCAUCAUCUCUAGUCCCCAGGGCCCAGCCUCUCCCCUGAUACUGUAACAGCACAGUGUCUGUACCUCCCUGAGCCAGGUGCCAUGUGGGUGCAGUUACUGCCUUUACAUGGUCUUGGCCUGUCUCACUUUGCUUUUGAUUGGCCAACCCUCUGUUGUUGGCAUCACUUUAUGAGCAAACCAAGAAUGUUGGCUCUGGAUGGAGA